AUGGCCACACCAGGCCUAAACGUCAUCGCCCUCGUCUCCGGCGGAAAAGACUCCCUCUUCUCAAUCCUCCACUGCAUCCGCAACGGCCACAAAGUAAUCGCCCUAGCAAACCUACACCCAGACCUCACCAACACCACCCCCGAAAAUGCAAAUGCCGAUGCCGACGAAGAACAAGAUAUCGACAGCUUCAUGUACCAAACCAUCGGCCACAGCGUAAUCCCCCUCUACGAACAAGCCCUCGGCAUCCCCCUCUACCGCGCCCCAAUCACCGGCGGCGCAGUAGAUACAUCUCGCAUCUACAGACACGAUGCUGUGCGAUCCGAUACCGACGCAGACACAGGCGCCGACGCAGACGAAACAGAAUCCCUAGUCCCACUCCUCCGCCGCAUAAUGUCCGCCCACCCAGAAGCAAACGCCGUCUCAGCAGGCGCCAUCCUAUCAACGUACCAACGGACCCGAAUCGAGAACGUCGCCGGACGCCUGGGGUUGAUUCCGCUCGCGUGGUUGUGGAAUUAUCCCACGCUCCCUGCGCCUGCGGAGCGCGACGCUGACCUGGGCACCGUACGCGAAGCAGGAUUAUUGGAAGAUAUGGCUGCUGCGGGGUGCGAUGCGCGGAUUAUCAAAGUUGCGUCGGGCGGGUUGGACGAUGGGUUUCUGUGGGAGAAUGUUUCAGGGGGCAGGGCGUUUCGGAGACGGGUCGUUAAGGCUAUGAGUCGGUUUGCGGAGGCGGGGGAUAUACGGGGCGCGGUUUUGGGGGGAGGGGGUGAGUAUGAGAGUCUUGCUGUUGAUGGGCCGGGGUUCCUUUGGAAAAGGAGGAUUGAGGUGGGCAGUGCGGAGAGUCGGGGUGGUGAUGGGGGUGUUGCUUAUACUUGUUUGAAGGGGGCGAGGUGUGUUUCUAAAGAGCAGGGGGAGGGACAGAGGGAAAUCGCGCCGUCUGAUAUCAGGAGGCCGGCUCUGUUUGAUGGGAAAUUUGCUGCGCUGUUGAGUGAGCUUCAGACUGGAUCUGCAUAUGCUCUUGCGGACUUGACUCUAACAAAUACGCCAUCUCCAUCUCCAUCCCCAUCUCCAUCUCCAACAUGGAAAUCCUCACCAACGACCCGCCAAACAAAAUCAACAUGGACAAUCUCGAACCUCAUCGCCCCCGAAGCCGGACCCAGCACCAGCUCCCAAAUGAGCGCUAUAGCAGACAAAGUCCAAAAAGCCCUCUCCAACGAAUCAAACCCACCCUGCUCAACAUCAGACAUCGUCUUCGCAACAGUCCUCCUCCGCACAAUGGACGACUUCACCCCCAUGAACAAAAUCUACGUCUCCCUCUUCCAAAAGCCAAAUCCCCCCCGCGCGAGCAACAGGGACAGAAUUGCUCGGCAGGGAUUACAUGUUCAGUCGCGGAGUUAUUGGGCUCCGGCCAAUAUUGGGCCGUAUUCGCAGGCCUUGUCUGUUCCGUUGGAACCUGGAUGCGGUGGACGUGAGACUAGAGUUGUUUAUGUCGCGGGUCAGAUCCCGCUUGAACCGGCUUCGAUGGAAAUGGCCACAGCCACAGCUACGGCGAAUGAGUCUGGCUCCGGGUAUGGGGAUUAUUCUCACAGGGCUACUUUAGCACUACAGCAUAUGUGGAGAAUUGGCGAGGCGAUGCAGGUCAAUUGGUGGGCGGGUGCGGUUGCGUUCCUUGUUCGUGGAAAUGACCAGCUUCAGGUCCGGACUCAGGCGCGGGUUGCGUGGGAGUUGUGGAAGAAUGUGCAUACGGAGAAGACUGAAGAUAGCGAUGAUGACGAGGAUGAUGAAGGACGGCAGUUUGAUGCUUGGGAUAUCAAAUACGGGCGUCAGACCGAGGAUGUGGCGGCGCAAACUUGGAAUUUGCCUGAUUUUGGUAUUUUGGCUAGUGGCAGUGCUGAGACAUCUACAUCUACGUCUGUGUCGCCAUUUUUGGCAGUCGAGGUCGACCAACUUCCUCGCGGCAGUGAUAUCGAGUGGCAGGGUCUUGGGUAUCGGUGCGGAAACGUCUCGAUUGAAGAUCAGGUUGAUCGGACGGCGAGUAUCGCGGAUGGGAGAUAUAGUUACACGUGCAUUGAGAUGUACAGCGCGGAAUCAGCUUCAAAGGAGAACCUCGCUGCUAUUUUGGAAGGUCUGGUUCUGAAACGGAACCUGUCUCAGGCUGUGCUGUAUACCACACAGCGAGUGCCGGAAGAUUUCUGGGUUGGACAGGUCAUUCCGUGUCGGAGUGUUUGGGGUCGGGAGGGUAACCCACUAUUUGCGGGUGUGGUGCUGCAAGAAGAGAUUGAGAUUUAA